AUGCCGUGUGGCUCUUCCGAAGCGUGCCAGGGCUGCUCCUGUGCGCCAACCGAGGGCCAAUCAUCAUCGAUCAACAUUGAAGAUUGCCUAAAAGAGCUCGAGCUGCUGCGCAAGCGCAACUGUGAGUUAGAAGAAACGCUUAAGGUCCAAACCGAAUCCAAGCCCAAGGUCUCUAUUAGUGCCCCCGGCCGACCGCUACGCUCAUCCAAAUGGUUCAACUGCCGCGAUGAUCCCGGCAUGACGGCCAUCUACAUGGAGCGCUAUUUCAACUUCGGCAUCACCCGCGAGGAGCUCAUGGCUGGCAAACCCAUCAUCGGUAUCGCCCAAUCAGGGUCGGAUCUGGCACCUUGUAAUCGACACCAUCUGGAACUGGCUAAGCGGGUUCGAGAAGGCAUUCGGACAGCCGGGGGAAUUGCUAUCGAGUUUCCGACUCAUCCCAUUCAAGAGACGUCCCGCCGUCCGACUGCGACGCUAGAUCGGAACCUGGCGUACCUAUCGCUGGUGGAGAUCCUGACAGGAUAUUUUCUGGACGGAGUGGUACUGCUCACGGGAUGUGAUAAGACGACGCCUGCCUGUCUGAUGGCCGCGGCGACAGUAAACAUUCCAGCCAUAUGCAUGAACGUGGGGCCCAUGUUAAAUGGAUAUUCUCGGAACAAGCUCACGGGAUCAGGGUCCGUAUUGUGGAAGGGACGGGAGAUGUAUGCAUCGGGCGAGAUCGACGACAAGGAGUUCAUGGAUUACAUCGCGCGAGGGACCCCAUCGGUCGGGCACUGUAACACCAUGGGCACCGCGUCGACGAUGAAUGCCCUGGCAGAGGCGUUGGGGAUGGCACUCCCCGGGUCGGCAGCGAUCCCUGCAGCAUACCGGGAGAGGGCGCAGUGUGCCUACGAGACGGGCUGUCGGAUUGUAGAAAUGGUGCAGGCUGAUCGAAAGCCCAGCGACCUGAUGACCCGCGAGGCGUUUGAGAAUGCCAUUGUCGUCAAUGCCGCGAUUGGUGGCAGCACGAAUGCCCCAAUUCAUAUCAAUGCCAUCGCCCAACACAUUGGCGUCGGAGUGAAUAUGGAUGACUGGGACCAGAUCGGGUCCGAAGUUCCGCUGCUCUUGAACAUGCAGCCGUCUGGUGAGUAUUUAGGAGAGGAAUAUCAUCGGGCUGGAGGUCUCCCCGCAAUCCUAGCCGAACUGCUCGACGCAGGAAAGCUCCAUCCGAAUGCCAUGACGUGCAACGGUCAGACCUUGGCUGAGAACAUCCGGGGGAAGCACUCAUGGGACCGACGAGUCAUCCGCCCCUACCGAGAUCCUCUGAUGGACCACGCCGGCUUUAUUCAUCUCUCUGGUACGCUCUUUGACUCGGCUAUCAUGAAGGUCUGCGCGAUCUCGCCGGCCUUCCGUCAGCGAUACCUCUCCGACCCCCAAGACCCCGAGGCUUUUGAGGGCCCAGUUGCCGUAUUUGACGGACCGGAAGAUUACCACCGGCGACUGGAGCACAUGGACCAGAUUCAUGAGCGGACCAUCCUGGUCAUGCGCGGCGUCGGGCCACGCGGGUACCCGGGAGCUGCGGAAGUUGUAAACAUGCACCCCCCCAGUCGGCUGCUGAAGCAGGGAAUCGACGCGUUGUUCUGCAUUGGAGAUGGACGACAAUCCGGGACAUCGGGCUGUCCCUCGAUUCUCAACGCGAGUCCGGAGGCCGCCGUGGGAGGGAAUUUGGCUAUUCUGCAGGACGGAGAUCACCUUCGCAUCGACCUCCGCAAACGCCGAGUCGACAUGCUACUAAGCCCGGAGGAGAUUCUCCGUCGUCGACAGGACCUGGAUGACAAAGGAGGCUUCCAGAUCGUGCCCAGCGGAACCCCGUGGCAAGAGAUUUACCGACAGGAGACGGACCAGCUGGGGAACGGUAUGGUGCUGCGUAAGGCUGUCAAGUACCAGCGAUUGGCACAGCAGGCAGAGGGACCUCGACAUAAUCAUUAA